UGCAGUGAGGCGAGAUCGCGCCACUGCACUCCAGCCUGGGUGACACAGCAAGAUCCCAUUUCAAAAAAUAAAAAUGAAAAAAGAAGAGAACUUGUAAAUACAGAAUAUUGUCUCUCCAGGUGGGAGUGGGAGGUGUGAUCUUAAGCAUACCUGCAGUAGGAAAAUAUUGUAGGGAAAACCACCCUAAGAGAAUUUUGUGUGUGUACAGCAUGUGGCAGGCAAGUUGGUGGUGAAUGGAGAAGGUUGUGAGUUCCUGGGCCCCUGUCUCAUUGGCUCAUUGUCUCUCCUGUCCAGGAAGAGGAAGACAGAUUUGGUUGAGGGGACUUAUCUCUAACAACAGCCUCUUGUUGAUCUUCCCAGGUAAGACCCCCCCCCAACCCCCUGCCACCCUGGGCCGGACCCCCUCUACAGCUAGGAGCCAAUGGCAGAAGACAAAACCAAACCCAGUGAGCUGGACCAAGAGAAAUAUGAUGCUGAUGACAACGUGAAGAUCAUCUGCCUGGGAGACAGCGCAGUGGGCAAAUCUAAACUCAUGGAGCGAUUUCUCAUGGAUGGAUUUCAGCCACAGCAGCUGUCCACGUACGCCCUGACCAUGUACAAGCACACAGCCACGGUAGAUGGCAAGACCAUCCUUGUGGACUUUUGGGACACGGCAGGCCAGGAGCGGUUCCAGAGCAUGCAUGCCUCCUACUACCACAAGGCCCACGCCUGCAUCAUGGUGUUUGAUGUACAGAGGAAAGUCACCUAUAAGAACCUGAGCACCUGGUAUACAGAGCUUCGGGAGUUCAGGCCAGAGAUCCCAUGCAUCGUGGUGGCCAACAAAAUUGAUGCAGACAUAAACGUGACCCAGAAAAGCUUCAAUUUUGCCAAGAAGUUCUCCCUGCCCCUGUAUUUUGUCUCAGCUGCUGAUGGUACCAAUGUUGUGAAGCUCUUCAAUGAUGCAAUUCGAUUAGCUGUGUCUUACAAACAGAACUCUCAGGACUUCAUGGAUGAGAUCUUUCAGGAGCUCGAGAACUUCAAGUUGGAGCAGAAAGAGGAGGAUGCACCAGAACGGGAGCAGAGCAGCAGCAUCGAGACCCCAUCAGAGGAGGCAGCCUCUCCCCACAGCUGAGGGGCUGGGGCUAGGGGUAGGUGGAGCCCUUUCAACAUACCAUUUCCUUCAGCAACUCUCCAGCUGUGAAUGGAGAAACCCUAGGCCAUUCCCUCUCCUGCCUCCUGCAACCCCAUCCCAUUAGCCUCCCACAUUCAAGGCCCUUGAUACAGGGAUGAGGUCAGUACCAGCAAACUGGACUGGUGGAAGAAGUCCACACCAGAUCUUGAAGCAGAAUUAGGGAUCAGUAUCAUUAACACCUUUCUCACCCACCUCCCUCCAAGGCUAGACAGUGAAGAGAAUCAGAAAACAUGAUUGUAUGUCACUUUAAUAAAGCAAAUUUAGAUGAGUUUUUUUUGUUUGUUUCCAAAGCUGACCUCAGGGACAAUUCCUUGUGCUUCUGCCAAGGUAAUGAUUGCCCCUUAUCCCCAAUCCCCAGCUGAAUCUGUGAGACCCCACCCUUUCCCUAUGUGGUCUCCCACCCUUUUUCCUCUUCAGUUUCCCAAUCAUCAGUUUUUUAAUAAAAUAUUUUUGAGCAGACAGCUAUUCAUUCCAGAGUUUUGUGUCCCUACUCUGUUUCAGGAGCUCUUCUAGGUAAAGCUGAGAUCACAGGAACAGGUUUUCCAUUAUCGUUAAGUAAAAGCAGGUGACAGGCUCAAGCGUUAUUGUUGGUAAAAUCCAGAGUCACUGUAGCCACACUGCAAGGUACAUCCAUUUGGACUACAAGAAGAGAUUAAAGUCCCUAUUUCAGCAUAAAGAGACUAUCUUUUUCUUUUUUUCAGUAAUAGCUUGGACCUUGUGCCUCCUGUGGGAGGCACAGGACUGGAAGAGAAGAGCUAGUAGAUACGCCUGUUCACCUCUCUCUGGUACUUGUGGCUUGCUAGUAUGUUUUUAUGAUAAUCUCAGGCAUCAUUUGCAUUGUGUUUAUUAAUAGGAUUUUGUUUUUAUUGUUUCCUUUUUUACAAUAAAGGCUGAAUUACAGAAACAUUGA